AUGCGGACGGGGAAUUCGAGGCAGCUGGGCGGAAUUCCGAGGGGGGUGUUCAUUAAUCUCGCGGACGAUGACGAGGACCCCCACCGAGCGUUGUUUGAGGAGAAUUGGGAGGAAAAUGCUAGCCGAAGCCCAACCUCUGAAGAUAAUGCCACCUGUCGAAUUCUUUUUGUGGAACCGGCCCGUGGCAAUGUGAACGGCCCAGAAUCAGAGGCAUCGCCCCAUGGAAGUGCACAUGGUGUCGGAUCGUCGGCUGCGCCCGCGGGAAAUGCUGAGGGACAAGAACCACAGGUUGCGCCACAGGGAAAUGCGGAGGGGCAAGCAUCGCAGGCCGCGCCUCAGAGAAAUGCAGAUGGGCCAGCAUCAGCUACGCACGAGUCAGUUCGAAAACAGGCCGACGUGGCCAGCAGGAUUCGCCGCGCAAAGGUCCCCUACGAUUAUCUCGCGGCGAAAACCAGAAAAGACUACAUCCUGUAUUGGCUGCACUACAAGUGGUGGGUCAUCAUGUUCAUGUCAACGCUGCCCAAGACUGAGGUUCCGGCGGCGGAGCGUCUGGACCCGCUGAAUCCUGACGAGGUUGGAAGCCAUCUAGGGAACGACAAAAAGGCGGAGUGGUCAACUGUGGUUUUGGAUGAAGUUUAUCUCCACGGGCCCCGUGUUACUGGAUGGAGGAUUCAGAGGUUCCUGCGGUACAUGGCAGAGGAAACCCCCGCGCAGGCCGAGAUGAUGCGGAGAGGCGAAGAAGUGGUGGCUGGAAAGGAGCCCAUCCCUAGUACGCCGAGCAUGAUGAAGGCAAAGAUGAGCGCUUUGGGCUUCCUGGGUAGACUUGAAGCUCGACUCUACGACUACCCGAAGGCCCAAGCAGAUGAGUACAUCGGCGAAUCGCGGGAGUACAUGAAGCUCAAGCUGAAACAGCUGCACGACAAGCAGGUUGCGGAGGGCAAGGAUCAGCACCGAAACUCUCUGGACGAUUGCUACACGUCGGAGCAGUACGCGGACCUGCACGAGAAGCACUUUCUGAGGGAGAUCAAAGAGUGCUACCAGAGAGCCAGGGUUGCACUAUCAGAAAGUCUCUGGCGGUGUUUUGCGGUGCAGGUGAUGAUUCAACUCGCACACCAAAUGUUGGGGAGGGGAUGCAGCAUUCGUGCUCUACGAUUCGCGAACAUGUUUGUCCGCCACACGCGUAGCAGCACGGCCGUCCCCGACCGCCAGAAGGAUCUCCCUGUGGUGGUUUUCGCCUCUCGAAAGUCCAAGACGAAUGCGACCAACAGGCUGACCCACCAAUUCUUGGCCCGGCACAUCAACUUCGCGCUCUGCGGUGUUGGUGGUCUUUUUCUGUGGAUUCAUUUCGUCUACGACCUCGUGCCACUGCGAUUCGGAGCGGACAUCAUUCCGCCACUGGACUUCAGCGACCCCCUUCAGUGGUCUAAGAAGCACAUUUUCUUCCCAUUGAGGCACGGAAGGGAACAACUGCAGGAAGAGCUUCCGUACGUGACUCACAACAACUGGAUUAAUUGGGUCAUGAACGACGUAGCGCGACCGCCCUGGCGGAUUAGCAAAAAGACCCAUGCGUUUCGCCGAUCGGGAGCCCAAGGCCUGAGUGACGAUCGCUGUCCCGACCCCGACAUCAACGCUCUCGGCGGCUGGGAUGGGGAGCCGGGAGAUUACUACAUCGGCAGAGCGCACGCUAAACUCGACAACGACACCGAGUGGAAACAGUUGCAAGACCUCUUCAAGCUGUUCAUCUUCCCGCGCCUCGAAUCUGAUUUGGCAAAGGUCGAUAAUUACAACCGCGAGAAUCUGGAUAAGCCGCACCACUCUGGCAGAAGUUUUUUGGAGGCUCUUGCAAACCCUGGGCGAGACAUCGUGGCACAGGACCUUGCCAUGUGGUGGUUCUACUGCCCCGAUCACGACCAUCUUUUCGACGGUACAAGACGGCCAUGCCAGUGCCCGCGCCACCCGUACACGGACAUGAAUCCGCUCUGCCGCCACCAUCUCUUCCAGAAAUGGGCCAUCAAAGUGGCAAUCAUGCACAAGGCUGGCAUUGAACUUCGUGAAGCCAGAGGCACCUCUGCAGCCGCUGAUGCGAUCUACAAGCUGAACUCAUCCCGAAAGUACCAGAAGCUCCUCGUAGAGAACAACCUGUGGCGGACGGAAUGUGGUCAGAAGGAUCACGAGAUUGGCGUGCUGAAGAACAGGCUCGCUGAAACCGAAGAGAGGGAGAAGAAGACGGCCGCUGAAAACAAGCAGCUCAAAGAGGAGCUGGCUGCUCUAAAGGCGCGUGCAAAGAGCAGCGCGAACGCACAGGCCGCUGAUCGAGGGUCGGGCUCGUCGGCAAAGGAGGAAGCUGGUGGGGAGGCUCCGAAGCCUGGGAAGGCACAAGCCAGCACUCCAGUGCGGGCAUUUUUCGACCUUGUCGUUAAACCCUGGCGGGACUCGGAGUCGGUCGCAAAGGCAUGGGAGCACUGGGUGAAGGUGACCUUUUUGAUGGAAGGGAAGACUCUCCGCCAGCUGUCGUCAGAAAAAAGUUUCUACCCCACUUUCUCGUACAUUGAGAAGGGUGUGAAGGACGAUGCUGGCGACAAAAAAAUGAAGCGCAUGAGGAACGUGAUGCUCGCGGUCGAGAAAUACAGGGCUAACUUAACGGAGGAGGCCACCCGAGAUGCCAUUGCGAAGAUCGAGAGGGACGUGGUGGGUCGGAGUUCGAUUAGCGCACUGGCGGAUGGGGUGAUUCUCGGAAACGAGCCACCUCCGAAGAGGGAUAAUCCCGGCAAGGAUAAGACGACGGAGAACAAGCGCCGCAAGGUCGGGUACCUCCUCUUCGCCGCCCAGAUGGUGGGUGACGGGUGGGGAGAGAAGAUGUUUGGGAAAGAUGUUUGGAAGAAGAUCAAGAUCGAGGAGCCGUUGAAGCUGGCUAAACUGAAGAAGUAG